CCCUCUCAAAAACAUGGCGUCGAAACAGCAUUAAGAAGCGCGAGACGCUAUUUCGCGAGCAAAUUUUGCAAAUUUCUUUUGAAAGACUUAAACAUGAGUCUCUUAAACAACGAUGAUGAGCUCCCCAGUGCCGAGGAGCCAGUUAAUAGUGUGGAGAUGGAGGACGUCUCUGCGACUGAAAUGGACACCACACCCUGCACAAAUCAAGAUGAGCCCAUAGAAGGUGCAGGACCGGUUGAAGGUGGAAGUUCGCCUAUUGAAAUGGGUAGUCCUAUAGAAAAAUAUGCACAAGUCCCAGAGGAAGCAAAUGAUGCUGAGAUGGAAAAUUCAAAUGAGAUGGAGGUUUGUCCGCCUGACAAAGAAAUGGAGCCACCUCCAGCUAAUAUUGAAGAACUGAUCUCGGAAACUUCUGAAGCCUCAUCUGCUAACAAAGGCAGGUCAUUUGAAGAGGAAAGCGUGAAUGUAGCAGAGGCAGGAGAUAACGUCAUAGGAUCAGAGAAAGCACCUAUUGAAGACACAGAAAUAGAAAAGUCUCCAGUUGUAGAUGCAGAAAUGGAAAAGUCUCCAGUUGUAGAUGCAGAAAAGGAAAAGUCUCCAGUUGUAGAUGCUGAAAUGGAAAAGUCUCCAGUUGUGGAUGCUGAAAUGGAAAAAGCAGUUGCAGAACCAGCGAUGGAGCCUGUAAAUAUCAAUGAAGAAGAUUCUACUUCAAAUCAAAUGGGAGCACUGGAAGCUGAAAGUGGCGAGGGAAAAGAAGACAAAGAGGAUGCCGAAAGUUCUGGCCGGGCUAGUGCCACAAAUUUUGCCACGUUUGAUGAUGAUUCCAGGCUCUCUUCUGAAAAGGUUACUGUUGACAAUGUAGAGGAUGUCAACAUUAAUGAAAGCACAGCUGUUGAAGCAGACGAGGUCGUCCCUGAAGAGCAUGAAGGGGCUGAUCCUUUGGAAGCUGCAGAUGGUGUUGACGAAUCUAAGGUUGAUGAUGGCGAAGAGAUUUUAGGCUCACAUUCAACACACAUUCCAGUUGCUGGUGAAGAAAUUGAGAGAGAAAGUGAUGAUGUGAUCCAAACAUCAAGCAAAAACCUUGAAUUACCACUAGAUGUUCCUAAGAGUGAAGUAGAAGAAAUUGAUUGCUCUGUUGAAGAAGCAAAAGAAUCGGAGGCUGAAACGCCGGCAGUUGAGGAAUCGGAAUACGAAGAGCUAGAUCAGCCCCUGAAUGAGAUUUGCCACCAGUGCAACAUGGACAAAGAGUGCUGCAUCAGGCUCAAGACUAAUGCUGAGUGUACUACAAAGUAUUACUUAUGCAGCAAAGAGUGUUGCUCGGAGUUUAAAAAUAGGCCAAAAAUAACAGCAGUUGCAUCAACCAAACUCCGAGUCUUGGAUUUGAAUGAGCCUAGUAAAGAAGCUGAGAUACCUGAAAGUGAACCCGACUUGACAAGACGAUGCUUUCAUUGCAAAAAUGAACUUUCGUCAGAUAAAAUCAGCAAACUCUCAUGGCAGUCGAUGGAAUACUGCAGUGAACAAUGCAUUGAAUCCUAUCAAAAUGAGCUUGGAGCGUGCUGUGCCAAUUGCAAAGGAGACGUUCCCCAAGCCAGCAUGGGAAAAUAUUGUGUCCGCUUUGGAUAUAAUGCAAGACAAUUUUGCUCAAGCAAGUGCUUGGAGGAGUUUAAAAAGGGCCUGAAAGUGUGUAGCUAUUGCCAACGUGACAUUUCUGGGGAAAUUGAAGGAUUCCUUGCUCCUAUUGGAGACAAAGGCCAGUUCAAAGAUUUCUGCAGCAAAAAUUGUAUGGACGACUAUGAUAUAAUGGUUUCAAACAAACCAAAACCAGUAAUUGAGGACAAUUGUGCAGUUUGCAGUGAGAAGAAAACCAUCUCCAUUGAAGUAAUUCAGUUGAGUGGCAUUCAGAGACUCUGCUCUGAUCCUUGCUUUGCUGCCUUCAAAUUUGCCAACAAUUUGCAAGCUGAUUGCUGUGAGCUAUGCAAAAGAAAAUUUGAUGAGCUACUGCCUGGUAGGCAAAGGGUGUACUAUAAUGACAUCAUGCACAACUUCUGCUCCAAGAAAUGUUUGAACGUCCACACAUUGUCGACAAGAAAAAUUGUUUCUUGCAAUUGGUGCAAGGUCAAGAAGUAUAACUUUGACAUGAUUGAAACUAGUGGCCCAAAUUCAGCUCAGCUGUGCUCUCUGAAGUGCUUACAGCUCCACAAAGUAUCACAUACAUCCACAUCUACAAGUAACAACAUGCUUAAGUGUGAUUAUUGCAACAAAGUGGCACUUGGUUUAUAUCAUGUAAAUAUGCCAGAUGGAGAAAAGCGAGAAUUCUGUACUUACAGUUGCUGCAUGGCAUACCAAUCGCGAUAUUCUGCCAUGAUGGACUCACCAGCAAUUAGCCCCAACACUGAGACAAAUGUACCGAUCAUUAGUAGUGUGACGUCGCUGGCCUCAAAAAGCUCAAGCACUUCUUCUGCAAUUGAAGCAGCUACUCCUGCACACUCUGUUGGUAGCCCCAGUGUUAUCACUGCAGCUACUAGUGCUCCUCCUGCUCAGCAUAUCAAGAUUGUCCAACAAACCUUCAUUAGGCCUUCUCCUGUAAAAACCCUCUCGAACAAAAGCACAUCUUGCAAGCCUAAUGUUUCAUCUAAAGGAGUCAUGAACAAACCUCAGAUGGCUGCCAAAUCCUGUCAGACAGACUUUGAAGAAAAGAAAACACACGCUUUAGUGCCCAUCCCUGUGCCGAUCUACGUCCCUGUUCCCCUGGCAAUGUACAGCUUCCCGUUACCCAUGCCUGUGCCAUUCCCAUUGCCAAUUCCAGUGCCAAUGUUCAUUCCUACCACUAGGAACUCGGCCAAAGGCAUUUUCAAAGAAAUCAAGAGGAUCACUGACCAAGUGCCAAAUGAUCCAUAUGAAGCAGAGCUCUUGAUGAUGGCUGAGAUGGUUGCUAGUGACAAGAAAGGCAAUGUCACAAGUGAUAGUGACGAUGACGAUGAUCGAGGAAAUGUUGAUUUGGGUGCUCCUUCCCCGAUCAACGACAGUGAUGAUAAUGCUGAUCCACCAACCCCUGCUGCUCCUAAUGAACCAGUUAACACCAGUUUUGGUGGUGAGGACAUUUUGCAGAUGGCAGUUAACAUGGCCAUGGAAAUGACUGAACCACCACCGCCACCACCCCAAACACAGUCGUUGGACCUGGAGACUGUGCUGACACCCCAGCCAGUUGUACCUAUCCAACCGCCACCACUUUCAACUUUAGCUGAGGAAAGAAACGAACCUCCACAAAGAGGCAGGAAAAGAGGCAGAGGGCGAGGCUCGGCCAACAACAACUGGACGUCGGCAAAAAGAACUCGGACGUCAUCUCGAGAUAUAUCCCAUCAUCAAGAACUGGUGCCUCAUCAUGAGCCUGUGCAUGAAAAAACCACAUUGGACGGUGACAAUGACCCUGUCAUUGAACCUGACCCUGACCUUCAGCUCAAAUUCAGUUAUGGUGUGCUGGCAUUCCGAAAGUGGAUUAAAGAAAAGAACUCGGAGUUGACAGAGUUGGCCCUGUCGGGAAAAGCAGCUAAGCUUUUCAAGACUGAUAUUUUGCAGCUGUCUACUGAAGAACUCAACUUCACUCUCUGCAUGUUUGUGAAAGAAGUCAGGAAGCCAGAUGGGGAUGAAUAUGCCCCCGACAUUAUUUUCUAUCUUUGCUUAGGAAUUCAACUGUAUCUUUAUAGAAGUGGAAGAGUUGAUAACAUCUUCACUGAUGCAUUUUAUGAGAAAUUUACCGAGUGUCUCAAUCAAAUUAGCUCCAAAUUCAUAGCUCGACUGAAUGACAGAACUCUGCUUACUCGAGUUGAAGAAGAGCACCUUUGGGAGAGCCAGCAAUUAGGAGCACAUUCCCCGCAUGUCCUGCUUUUUACUCUGAUGUAUUUUAACACAAAGUACUUCUACUUGACCGAGGUAGAAGAUCACAUGAGACUCUCUUUCACUCAUGUCAUGAAGCACUGGAAGCGAAACAACACUCAGCCAGGAAAAUCUGGCCCGAGCAGGAAUGUCCUCCUACGCUAUUACCCUCCCCAAUCUGUCCUUGAUGCUGAUGAGCGCAAGAAAAAAGUGUAUGAGCAACAAGAGAAUGAGUCCAACCCACUUAGAUGUCCUGUAAAACUGUAUGAAUUCUACGUGUCAAAAUGCCCAGAAAGUGUGAGAGGAAGGAAUGAUGUUUUUUACUUGCUGCCAGAAAGAUCUUGUGUACCUGACAGUCCAGUGUGGUAUUCGACAAUGUCCAUGCCCAAGGAUGCUGUGGGAAAGAUGCUUAAUCGCAUCAGAAUGGUGAGAGAAAUCUUGUGCAUUCUUCACAGUUUGGAUUACCAUUAGUUGUGAACUCAUUCACUCUGUAUAAUAAACUUUCUGAAUAUGUUAAUAAAGAUCAUUCUUGAAAUCUGCAUGCAU